AUGGAAGACAAACGCAAAAAACGCAGUCCAAAGGUGUCCCUGCCUCAACCUCCCCCUCCGCCCAUCAAUCCUCGCAAACUCCCAGCUCUCCCGGCUCUCCCUGCUCUCCCUGCUCUCCCUGCCAGUAAGAGUGCCACCUUCUCCCUGGGCCUUCCCCAACCUCCAUCACCCAAAAACAGAGGCAAGUACAAGAGGUCCAUCGGAGCGCCAGGACAACCAAAAGACAUGCCUGCUGCCGUCAUCGCGCCUCCAAAAGUCACAAGACCACACAAGGAAAAGCCCAGGGCACCACAGCCGGCCGGGCCCAGUAAGGUGGUGCAGUCGUCCCCCCUGCAGCACUCCUUUCUGACUGAUGUUUCUGAUGUGAGGGAGAUGGAAGAAGGCCUCCUCAACCUCCUUAACGACUUUCACUCAGGAAAACUGCAGGCCUUCGGUAAGGUGUGUUCCUUCGAGCAGCUGGAGCAUGUCCGGGAGAUGCAGGAGAAGCUGGCCAGACUGCACUUCAGCCUGGACAGUCACGUAGAGGAACUGUCGGAGGACCAGAGGAAAGGAGCGUCUGACCACAACCUGGAGCACCUGCUGAGUAACCUUGAAGAACUAAGCACCUCCAUACAAAGGCUCAACUUGGCUGAGAACCAGGAUCUGGCCAAAACGUCUGCUCCCUGCUGA